CUCCACUCCUGUCUUCUCCUGAGGGCGAGAGGUGGCGGACAUGUUGGGAUGGCCCGUUAAGGCGCAGUACUUCAUUUAUUUGGAUAUUUAACGAAGAGAAAGAAAGUCAGUAAAGGUGGAACACAAUGGAUGCAGUUAACGCUUUUAACCACGAGCUAUUCUCCCUGAUGGACUCAAAACCUCCAAUCUCCAGGGCUAAGAUGAUCUCCAUUACAAAGUCUGCAAUAAAAGCCAUUAAAUUAUACAAGCAUGUUGUCCAGAUUGUUGAGAAAUUUAUCAAGAAGUGCAAGCCUGAGUAUAAAGUACCAGGACUCUAUGUUGUGGACUCCAUUGUGCGUCAGUCACGUCAUCAGUUCGGUGCAGACAAGGAUGUGUUUGGUCCCCGUUUUACGAAGAAUAUCACUGGGACUUUUGAGAACCUCUGUUUAUGUCCCACAGAGGACAGGAGUAAGAUUGUGCGCGUCCUGAACCUGUGGCAAAAGAAUGGCGUGUUUAAGAUUGAGGUGAUCCAGCCUCUUCUGGACAUGGCUGCCGGAUCCAGCAGCUCAGGCCCGGUUCCAGGUGUGGACAACGGCCCAGGUGGGGCCGCGUCUCCUCCCUCCCCAGCACGGGAAACUGAGAGUCACCCAGCAGUGUCUGUUGACUCUGUGCAGGCGCCUGUGCCACAGCUGCAGAACUCUGACGCCUUUGCCGCUGUAGCUCAGCUCUUCCAGUCCUCACAAGGCCAACAGCUCCAGCAGAUGCUUCAGACGUUCCAGCAGCCCGGGAAGCCCCAGUCACCGGCGCUGGAGAAUAACAUGAUGACCCAUCUCCAGAUACAAGCCUCAACUAUUCAGCCACCCCCGGGUGCGGCACAGGGCCACCCACACACCAUGCAGCCUGCAGAGAAGAAAGCGACAUUUGACAAGAAGCUACUCGAUCGUUUUGAUUAUGAUGAUGAGCCAGAAGGAGGAGACGAGACCAAGAGGGAUGAGGCUUCCUCGGUUCAACCUGCCUUUGGCUUUGGAGAAGGUGUCCAGCCGCCUCAGCAGGCUUCAGCAGUUUUCCCUCAAGCUCCCAGUCAGAUGCAACACUUUCAGCAGCAUAUGAUGGGCAUGAGUCAAGAACACCAGGUCCCAUCUCCAAAUGGACAGGCUCAGGCUUUCAACCGAAUGCCUCCUCAACCUUACCCAGGGAUGAUGCCCCCGGGUGUAGGUCCUGCUGGAUUCCCUGGACCCUUCCCCCCUCAAAACAAUGCCUUUCCUCAGCUUAUGGCUGGACAGCAGCAUCAGGAAGCCUCUGGAGAGUUAGAAACAAGACCGAACCAAGAUGGCAGUAGGACAAGGUCUAGGUCUGGUUCAAGAUCUCCUAAAAGGAGGCGGUCACGGUCGGGUUCACGUUCCAGACGUUUCCGACAUCGGCGGUCACGGUCUCGCUCCAGAGAAAGGCGGCGCCACUCGCCUCGCUCUCGCUCUCAGGAGAGGAGGGAACGGGAGAGAGAGCGAGAACGUAGACAGAAAGGCCUGCCUCUUAUCAAAGCUGACACUCUAAGUGUGUGCAGCACUACACUUUGGGUUGGCCAGCUGGACAAAAGGACACAACAGCAGGAUGUGGCAUGUCUAUUAGAGGAGUUUGGUCAGAUAGAGUCCAUAAACAUGAUUCCUCCUCGAGGUUGUGCCUACAUUGUCAUGGUUCAUCGUCAGGAUGCUUUUCGAGCUCUCCAGAAGCUUAGCAGAGGCACUUACAAAGUUAACCAAAAAGCCAUAAAGAUUGCCUGGGCUCUGAACAAAGGUAUUAAGUCAGAGUUCAAGCAGUAUUGGGAUGUAGAGCUGGGCGUCACCUAUGUCCCCUGGUCCAAAGUCAAAAUGGAAGAUCUGGAUGUUUUUCGAGAGGGUGGCAUGCUGGAUGCAGACACACUCUCACCAGAGUGGAAGGAGGUGCAGAGUGAACUGGAGACUGCAGACGACACGCCUCAAAAUGGCAGAGGUGAUGCGGCCCAGAUGGACGAGACCCCGACACUGCUCCCUGUGCAGGCUCCUCCUGUCCAGCCAGUAGGACCUUCUGGGCCAGUUGGAGUUCCACCCCCAGGUUUUCCUGCUGCUAUGAAUAUCCCACCACCAUCAUUUCCACCUGGCGUUCCUCCUCCACCUGGACCUUUCAUGAGGCCUGGCUUUAACCCCAUGCAGAUUCCUCCUGGAUUUCUCCAUCCGGGUGGUAUGCCUCCUAUUGGCACUGCAGGACCGCCUCUUCCCACAGCAGGCAUUGGCAUGCCACCAGUUGGCAGCUCAGUUGAGGAUAUGUCUGGUGAUCCAGUCGGAAUGGGUUCCAGGAUCAAUAGGGAAGGAAUAGAUGGUUUCAAUACUGGUCCAGGUAACCCUGUUCCACCAGGACCUCCGCCUGGGAUGAACAUGCAAAAUCCACCAGGGCUUUUGGGUACAAGACCAGGGGCAAUGCCACUUCAGCGUCCCCCAGGAAUGCCUCCUCCACCUCACCUACAGCGCUUCCCAAUGCCACCCCCACGGCCUGGUAUGCCCCCCAUGCCACCCCAGAUGAUGCCCCCCAGGGGCCCACCACAGAUGAUGCACCGUGAGCCUCCACCAGGGAGUUUUGGCAUGCCUCCUCCUCCUCCAUCACAUGCCAUCCGAGGCCCUUUCCCUCCUCCAGGCCCUCCAUUCAGGGGAGAACGUAACAGAGAGCAGGAGCGCUACGGAGGGCGCAGGCAGUUUGGGGGUGAACGGUCAGAAGGUCGUGAGCGCUUUGGAGGAUGGCAUGAAGAGCCGGAGUCAAGAGGAGGCUGGGAGAGAGCGGGGCCACGAAGAGACUGGAGGAGAAGUCCUGAUGGAGAGAGAGAAAGGGAGAGGGAGCAAGGGAGGGAGCAAGGGAGAGAGCAAGGGAGAGAGGAAGAACGAGGCAAACGCAGAGACCGAGAGAGAAGCACCCGCUGGGAUAGGGACGACAGACUUGACAAACUUGAGCCUAAUGGACACGAGAUGCUCAGAGACUCGAGCAGCCGUGAACGCCAUAUUGAUUCUACAAAAGAAAUGCCUCAUGCCAAGGCAGAAGCUCCAGCUCCUUCCAAAGAAGGGAGUGCAGAGUCAGAAAAUCAGAGCCAACCUGCAGAAGAAACCAAGGCAGAUAAAUCCUAGGUCACACUAGACUGUGGACUGGAACUCUUUAAAAAAAAAAAAAAGUCAUUUUUUAUCCUAAUCAGAAGUGUGUAUUUGUUUGAUCUUUUGCUGAAAUGUAUAGGAACAGUCUAGAGUGGGACCUAUAUGAUCACAUUGCAUGGGCUUAGAUGUGAAGGAAACAAUCCUGUAUGUAAAGCGAAAAAAAACCAGACAUCCAUAUCAUUCUUAGUGUCAAGGCCAGGCUAGUGCCCUGUGUGCACUGAUUUAAAAUAAGCUUACUCCAUGUCCAUACCCGUGCAAACCUUGGGGCACUACAAACUGUUGAGCAGAAAUGGUUCAGAAACAUGCUUCAUUCUUAAGGUCUGUGGUUUAAUUCCAAUUUUAAUGCCUGGUCUUCCUCCAGUGAUUUCAUUAACUUAUAAUGCAAUUGACGUCAAGUGUCUGGCUAACAUCACCGUCCUGUGAAUCAGUGUCCCAUUAUUGAGUUUAACUGUUGUAUGAAGCCAGUGUUUCAAAUACCUGUACUGCACAUUUUGGUGGUUUUCCUGCUCUAACAUGCCCAUGUAAAAAUCAUGAAGGGCUUCUUAGUAGUUAAUGAAUGAGUCAGGCAUGUUGGACGAGGGGCCAAGCUAGAAUGGACAGUGCAGGACUAUCCCCUGAGUAAGACUGGAGGGAAAAGAAAAAAACUUUUUAAACAAAAGGACAUGGGGGGGGGGAAUAGAAAAUAGCUCUGCUGUAAAUAUGCUUACAUUACUCUACUAAUAUUUGUAGAGUUGAAGGUUUUUCUGACGUAUACUUCUGUCAGUGUCACCGAUGAAAACCUUGACUAAAAUAAGAGACAAAGCCCCCUUUGCUGUAAUGUUUUUAACCUACAGUGUUUACAUUGUACCAGAGAUGAGAUGUUUGUAUAAUUUUUAAGUUUGUGCAGAUGUGAACUCAUUUAAUAUUUCAGCAAUGGGGAUUCAGUUUUAAUAAACUAUUUUCUUACCAAAAUGAAAAAUCUGAGUUCACACUGACUUGUGAUGACAUCAGCAAUGUUAGCGCUUUUUUUUUUUCUUCUUUUUCUUUUUCCAAAAUGACCUUGUAUGCUUUUAUAUAGUGUGUGUCAUAGGAAGCUAUUUUGGAUCAUCCCUAUUUGGCUUGUGUUGUAUUUAAAUUGGAGUUGCAAAAGAAGGGCACAACUGUAAAAGGUUAAGAUUGGAAGCAGAUUCUGAACAAUAAAAAUUAUUAGAAGUUAAA